AUGUCUGAAUCUCCAACCUCACCAACCGGUGUGAAUGGCGCCAAUUCAUCUACAGCUGGAGGUCAAAAACCAACAAUGAGACCUUCAAUGACUCAAAACAGACCUGGUUCUGCAUCAAGAAGACCAGGAUCAUCAGUAGGAAGACCAACCAGUAGUGCUGUUACCCAAAGAAGAAGUGUUGUUGUAACCUCAGGUGGCUCUACUACAUCAUCCUCCGGAGGUCCACCAUCAUCAAAUCCUACAGCCUCAAGAAACAUUAAAACACUGUGGGAUGUAAUUCUAGAAACUAAAAAGGAUGUAAUUGCAAGUAAUAGUGAUCCAGUGGAGAGUAAUGUUUUUGUACUCGGAGGAGAACGAUCCGGAAAGAGUAGUAUUGUACAUAGAAUUUUAAAGAGAGAGUAUAUUAAGGACCGCCCAGAGAGGAGUACUGCUCUGGAAUUUACCUUCGGUAAGAAGGACGAAGGAUUAAAAACCUAUGUAGCAAACAUUUGGGAAUUAGCCGGAGGACGUUCUCUUGUAAAAUUAUUGAAAGAAACAGUGACAGCUGAAAAUAUUCAUACAAUGAUUGCUGUUAUUGUAUUGGAUUUGACAAAACCAAUGCAAUUAUUUGAGGAUUUUAUUUAUUUCCAAUACAUUCUUUCAAAGAUUACUGAGGAUUUAUACAGUGUACUUAAACAAAAAGGUUCUGAUAUUCCUGAUAAGAUGAUAUCAAGAGCCAAGAAAAGAUUCGGAGAACAACAUGAAGACAUAGAGAAAAUCAAAUUCAAUGGCAUUCAAACAAUCUUUGUGGGAACGUCUUUUGAUAAGGCUUCUGAAAAGUACAAUCCUUUACAACUCAAGCAACUCAAUCAAACAUUUAGAUUUUUGUGUCAUACCUUCUCAACAAGUCCAAUGUUUAUGGGAAUUUACAAUGACAUGAAAAUUAACGAAAAUAACGAUUCCUCUUUCAGAAACUUUAUCAAUUAUUUCAUUCUGGGAGGCAAAUUGUCAACGAGUGAUUUUAAUCUAAAAGAUCCUGUAAAACCAUUGAAAGUAAUUUGUGGAAAGGAUAGCUAUAAGAAUAUUGGAAACCCUCCUGUACAAUCUAAGAGUUUACAAUUAAGUGAAAAGCCAAAGAGAAUUAAGGAAAAAAUCAUGAAAAUGUUUGGUGAUAAGGAUAUUGAAAAAUGGUUUGACUCUUAUCAAGCAAUGUUUGCUGAAGUGGAUGAAGGAAACGAAGAUGAUUCAAACAAGGAAGUGAUGGAUCUCAAUUUCUCAGAAUAUGCUGAAGAGGUUGUUGAUGAAAUGAAAUCCAAGAAAGAUUUUGAAUUUGAUCAAUAUUUGAAAAUGGUGGAGCGAGACAAGAAACAGAAAAUGCUCGUUAAACAGCAACAGGAAGCAAAACAACAAAAAAAGUAAAAUUAUUCCUUCUUCUC